AUAUUCCAAUUUAGCUUCCUGAUCUAUGAACUUGGGUAUAAAAUGUACCUGCAGUUCUUUGCUUUAGAGAUGCAUGGAAAAAAGUUUGUGAUACUAUUGCUCCUUGGCACCCUAUUUCAAUCAUCAGAAGUCACGAGUUUAGUACUUUCUGGCAAUGAUAAUGAAUUCUCUGUACAGGCAGAAAAUAAGGAACAUGUUAUUGACUUCUGUAAUGGAAACGGGUGCAUUUUUAUAGGACAGAUAACGAGUAUUUAUUACCACAUCAAAUGCCCGACGACAAGAGUGAAAGCAGUAGGUGGUGAGAGAAAAAUUGAAGAAAUCGCCAAAAAACUGUACAAGAUAAAAAGUCUUGAAAUGCAACACCUUCACAGAAAUUACAUAAAAACAAAUGACGCUCAGUGGACGGACAUGUGGGCCUUGAACGGCGAUGUUCAACCGAGUAUGACCGUUGAAGCAGCGUGGAGGAAGGGCAGGAACGGAUCUGGAAUUGUUAUUGCUGUAGUUGACGACGGAGUGCAAGUAAAUCAUCCAGACCUCAUGAGGAACAUAGAUAUUCCGAAUAGCUACGAUUAUCGUGAUCAAGAUUCAGAUCCCUCCCCAACUAACAUCAGUGACAGCCAUGGAACACAGGUGUCGGGACUGAUAGCGGCCGAGGCAAACAAUGACGUGUGUAUUGUAGGAAUUGCACACGAAUCUACUAUCAUAGGAAUAAGGCUCAUCGGAAGUAUCGGUAUUACUGACAUUACUGAAGCAAAAGCCCUCAUACAUCACCUGAGAGGAGUGGAUAUUUACUCCAACAGCUGGGGUCCAGUAGAUGGUUACGGAUACAUGAAACCAGGCCCUGUUACAAUGAGUGCUCUGUCUGAUGGGAUAACCAAGGGACGAGACAGGAAAGGUGUGGUGUACGUCUGGGCCGCAGGUAACGGCGGAUUGGCGGACAAUUGUAAUGCGGAUGGAUACGUCAACAGCGUGUACACGAUUCCUAUAACAAGCGUCGGAUCGGACGGAGCGGCCGCUUGGUAUGCGGAAGUAUGUUCCGCUGUCUUCGCUGCAACGUACUCUGGCACCAUGUCGAGGAAUCUGACCUCCACGUCUCUGUUCUCGGACUGUGUUGGUGGACUGAAAGGAACAUCAUUCUCCACUCCUCAAGCUUCAGCCAUUGUGGCUCUAACAUUACAGGCAAAUCCAUCGUUAACUUGGCGAGAUAUCCAACAUCUAAUUGUGCAAACAAGCAAAAGAUACAACAUUGAUGAUGGACUUUCCGAGGCCUCCUGGCAUAGAAAUGGAGCAGGAUUUUACGUGAGUCAUAUUUUGGGUUUUGGAUUAAUGGAUGCAGAGGCGAUGGUAACACGAGCAAAGUCAUGGACACCCGUGGCAUCCCAGAAGACAUGUUCCACCAAAACAAACUAUGUUUACAGGAGCACGGACCCGUAUUCAUUUUACUCGCUACCUACAGUUUCAAGUUCGGUUAAAGUGACGGGGAGUAUCUGCGUCAUAUCUAGUUUGGAACAUGUUCAGGUAGAGGUGUCCUUCAGCUAUACUGACAGGAGAGGGGAUAUAGGCCUGACUUUGGAAUCACCAUCAGGAACAAUAUCACUGUUAAUGACUCCCAGACCCAAAGAUUCAAUUCUUACAAAGUACCUGUCUGGAUCUCAAACUUGGACGUUUAGUUCUGUUCAUUUCUGGGGAGAGAAUGUGCAGGGCACAUGGAUAUUGAGAUUGUCCACAAAGCGAUCCACACUCUUUCACAAAGUAACAUUAAAAUCAUGGAACCUUCGAUUCUAUGGAACAAGAACCACCAAACACACAACCACAAUCCCAACUAAGACCUCAGAUAGAACCCAUUUCUCAACCACAACUACUACGACCACGACUACAUCUUAUUCAAACAUCUACGAUAGCACUAGGAGAUCCGACAGCGGAAGUUUAAGUGCAGGAGCUGUUACGGGGAUUAUUGUGGGAAUCAGCAUUUUAAGCAUUUUUAGCGUCGUAAUUGUAUUUGCUCGGCUUGUUUUUCGUAGAUAUCAUAUCCGUAAAAGCGACACACCAGCCACCAAUUCCAGAUCAGGAGUGUUCGUGAUAUCAUCUAACGACCAAAACAGGUACCCUCGUGAAAUCAACGAAAGACACAAAGAGUUAUACCCACAUUACAAGCACGCCAGACAACAAGGGAUGAAAGCAGUGAUGAAUGGUGACAAACUUUAUAUCAACAAUAAGUUAUUUAACCCACGUGAGCACGUAAACAACAACCACAUGGAUACUGACCCCACAACCGGAAGGAACCAUGGAGUCCCCAUUAGAGGCAGAAGAAUGAACUCUCAACGCUAGGACUGUCGCGGAGGAUCAACAGAAUGUGACUCUGACAAUCCUGAUGUAAACUCUAUUUCAAACCCACAACUGUCAUCUGACUGUGCAAGUUAUUCACACUCUCUUACAAGUACUGGUAAUUAUUUGAAUAUUUUAUGCCUUAAUGUAUGUGGUUUAAAACCUUAACUUCUCUGCCCAGAAUUUCUAGACUUCAUAGAAAAAUACAAAAUUAUCUGUGUAGUUGAAUCAAAAACUGAUGGUACAGAUAUUUUAGACAUACCAAAUUUUGAUUGUUACACAAAGCAUAGGCACGAGUUAUCACGCUUUAAAUCCGGCGUGAGUGUGGUAUAUUGUAAAAAACAUCUUUAAGCAAUAUAAAAGAUAUCAAAAUUUUGGAUUCAAAUUUACUUGGGUAUUUUGGUUAUCUCUGUCAUUUGAUUACUCAAACAAUAGAAAUGUCAGAAAACUCUUACUUGGUGUAACAUAUAUUCCACCAGAAAACUCUAAAUAUGUUUCACCUACUGUGUUUGAUGAAAUUGAAUUGGAUAUUAACCGAUUCUCCAAUGAUCAUGAUCUAGUAGCACUUAUUGGUGACUUUAAUAGUCGAACAGCAGAUAAAUGUGAUAUGUUAGAGGACGAUUUAGAGGAUGUAUUAUGUUGUUCUGAAAAUGACUUGACUAUAAACGAUUUUCCAAAUGUGAAUAUGUACAGAGUGUCAAUGGACAAGGACACAAAUAAUUUUGGUAAGAAACUACUUGAUUUAUAUAAUUAAACAUAUGAAUUUAUACAUUAUGAAUGGUCGAGUCGGAAGUGACCGUCUCGUAGGACAUACUACUUGUAAAAACACUAGUGUAGUAGAUUAUUGUAUUGGGAAUUAAAUUUUUUUUUCAGUUGUAGAUAAUUUUUCUGUUCAACCCAUUUCAUCAAUUUUAUCCGAUGUUCAUAAUCCUAUAUCUAUUUGUUUGAAAGUACUCAGAAUCAAUAUACAUAACGACGAAACAGGAAAUGAUACAAAUCCUGAUUUGCCUAAUACAUGUAAAUGGAGGGAUGAGAAAGCAAGCUUAUUUAGAGAAAAAAAUUAUGAAAAUAUUGAUUAUGUAAAUGAAUUAUGUACUGUGUUUGACGAAAUACACGUAUCUGACAUAACCAGUUCUUUUAUUGAUGAUGCUGUUGAUAAACUAUGUACUUUUUUUUAGACUGUGCGAAGUAUUCUUUUGGUGUCAAAGAAAAUAGAAAAAGAAAUUUAACAAAAGAUUUAAGAAACCAUGGUUUACUUGUGAAUGUUUAAAUGCAAGGCACUGUUAUAGAAAAGACAAAAGAUUGUAUAGAAUUUAUGGAAACGAAAUUUUGAAAAUAAACCUUCUUGAGAAAGAAAAAAAAUAUAUAAGAAAACUAUGAAAAAAGCUGUAAACAAACACAAGUUUAAUCUACAAAAAGGUUGAGUGAAUUGAAAAAAUCAUGUUGAAAGAAUAUUGGAAAAUAUUGAAUGGUAGAAAAAGUAAGAAAACUGUUGAUAAAAAUAGCAUAGAUGAACUUUAUAACUUUUUUAAAGAAUUAAAUGAGGGAGAUGAA